CCCUAUUCUGUCGGGAUAAACUGGCGAGUCACGUUUAGGAGAAGUAGAGGUGCGGUUGUAGUCAAUGACAGGAUUAGGGCAUUCACAAUUUUAUUUUAGAAACAUCUUUUCCUUUUAAUAAAUAGAAAAUCCCUGGGCAAAGUGCGAAUAUAAAACAUUGGUGUUUUAUGAGUUGGAAAUUUCAGAAUGCGAUAUUACAAACUUGCACAAAUAUGGUACGUUAUAUAUGCUGUGGUAGUGAAAGCAGAUGCUGAAGAAAAUAUAAUUACAACUACAAAUGGCAAAGUCAGAGGAACUCUUAUACCAGUCUUUGAUGGUUUUGUAUCUGCAUUCCUUGGAAUCCCUUACGGAGAGGCUCCCAUUGGAAGACUUAGAUUUAGGAAACCCGAGCCACACAAGCCAUGGCAUGAUGUAUGGAAUGCAACAAAGUAUGGAAAAACUUGCUACCAGUACAUAGACAAAGAAUUUCCUGGAUUUUCAGGAGCAGAAAUGUGGAAUCCAAAUACAGAGAUGAGCGAAGACUGUUUAUACCUAAAUGUAUGGACUCCAGUACCAAAACCACAUAAUGCAACUGUUAUGGUAUGGAUCUAUGGGGGUGGGUUUUGGUCUGGGGCAGCAUCAUUAGACGUAUAUGAUGGAAAGAUUUUGGCUUUCACUGAAAGUGUGAUUGUAGUUUCAAUGAACUAUAGAGUAGGUGCAUUAGGAUUCUUGGCUGUACCAGCAAGUCAGGAAGCUCCUGGAAAUGUUGGGUUGUUUGACCAGAGACUAGCACUUCAGUGGGUACAGGACAACAUAGCUGCGUUUGGUGGGAACCCCAGCAGUGUUACGCUGUUUGGAGAAAGUGCAGGUGCGGCUUCAGUCAACUUUCAUGUGAUCUCUCCUCAAAGUCAUCACCUGUUUACUCGACUUAUUUUGCAAAGUGCAAGUGCAAAUGCUCCCUGGGCUGUAUUAUCAAGUUCUGAAGCAAAACAGAGGACUGUAGCCUUAGCUAGAAUUCUUGACUGCCCGUACAGCAAUGACACAGAAAUAAUUAACUGUCUAAGAAACAAACAUCCUGAAGACAUAGCUAACAAUGACUUUAAUGUUUUGCCAUAUGCUGUCAUUUUUAGGUAUGGGUUUGUACCAAUAAUUGAUGGUGAUUUUAUAACUGAUGACCCCAGAGCACUGAAUAAGCUAGGACAUUUUAAACAUACAAAUGCAUUAGUUGGAGUUAACAAGGAUGAAGGCACUUACUUUUUAGUCUAUGGGGCUCCCGGUUUCAGUAAAGAUAAUGAAAGUCUUAUUACUAGAUCAGAAUUUCUAGAAGGUGUAAAAAUGUCCCUUCCAGAUGCAAGUGAGCUUGGAGUCGAAUCUGUAAUUUUUCAGUAUACAGACUGGGCAGAUGAGCACAAUCUUGAAAAGAAUCGUGAUGCUUUGGAUGAUAUUGUUGGGGAUCAGAAUGUCAUCUGUCCUGUACUGGAGUUCGCCCAAAACUUUGCAGAAAAUGGAAACAAUGUUUACUUGUAUUUCUUUGACCAUCGAUCAUCCAAUCUUGCAUGGCCAGAAUGGAUGGGUGUCAUGCAUGGUUAUGAGAUUGAGUAUGUAUUUGGACUUCCACUGGCCAAGCCGUCAGAUUACACUGCAAGUGAGGAAGCACUCAGCAGAAACAUUAUGCACUACUGGGGAAGUUUUGCUAAAACAGGAAUUCCCAGGUCACAGACACCAGGAAAAAAAUGGCCACUUUUUACAUCAACUGAACAGAAGUAUUUAACCCUGAACACGGAAGUUCCAAGAGUUUACAAAAAACUUCGAGCGCAGCACUGCCAGUUUUGGAAUACUUUUCUUCCUAGAGUACAGGAGUUAACGGGAAAUAUUGAUGAAGCUGAACGAAACUGGAAAGCAGAAUUCCAUCGGUGGAACAGUUAUAUGAUGGACUGGAAGAAUCAGUUUAACAACUACAACAGUAAAAAGGAGGACUGUACUGUUCUUUAGUGUCUUUUUCCUGAUGUUCUGAUGUUUAGUAAUUAUGCAUAGACUGUAAUUUUAAUCUCCUAGUUUUUGUGAUUUUUAUUGAAAGUAAAACCGAAGAUUUGGAAGAAAUGCAUAUUUUGCCAACGUCUUUUUACAGCUUUUGUUGUGAAGUGCAACACAAAAUUAUUACACAAAUGCAUAUAUAAUAGUAGAAUUUUUUUCGUAAGUGAUCUAAGUCAUGCAUUUUCAUAUGUUGUUUGCUACAGUAUAUGCAGUGAGCUACAUACCUCUCAACCUUAUUUAAGAUUUUCCUCAUAAAAUUUGUGGUUUUCUGUCAAAUCACUGAGGAUUGAA